AUGCCACCCAACCCCCAACCCCUCGGCCUCGGCCUCACCCCCUACAAAGCAACCCAACUCCUAACCACCACCUCCCUCGCCCUACUGCUAGGCUCGACGACCUGGGCUAGCGUAGCAGUCAUGCCCUCCCUAAUCGCCGCGCCCAUAAGCACCUACGCCAAACUCUCCGUCUUCCGCGGCCUCAUCAUCCGCGCGAACUCCAUCCUCCCUCCCGUCUUCAUCGCCACGGUCGCCGGGCUGGGCUAUUUGGCCGGCACAUCCUUCUCCGGGGGUGCGCGGGGGAAUUAUGCGGUGGCGAUGGCGGCGGUGCUGGCGGCGUUAGGGUUGCAGGUUAAGGUGUUGCCGCUGAAUAAGGCGAUGGUUGAGGUGGUGGAUCAGGGGAGGGGGAAGGAAGAUCAGGGCGAGGAGGGGAAUAGAAGGAUUGGGGAGUUGUUGGUUUUGAAUUGGGGGAGGGUUGCGCUGAGCGCGUUUGCGUUUGGGCUGAGUUUGUGGGAGCUGGGCGUCGUGAGGAGGGCGGUGGUGGUGGCGAUGACCCCUGCUCCGGUCUCACGAGGUUUGUUCGGACGUGCAGGGUAG